GGAAACGUUAGGCAAUUUUAUUAUAUUCUAUCGUUGUUCUCUAUAAAUGAAGUCUCGACCACACACUUGGUAGCUACACACGAGAAAGAAAAAGCUCACAACUUUAACCUUUCUGGAGAGAGAAGAACAAAAGAGGGAGAGGGAGAGAAAUGGAAGGCAAAGAAGAAGAUGUACGAGUGGGAGCUAACAAGUUCCCGGAGAGGCAACCCAUCGGUACAUCGGCUCAGUCCACCGACAAGGACUACAAAGAGCCACCUCCUGCGCCACUGUUCGAGCCCGGCGAGCUCAGCUCAUGGUCUUUCUACAGAGCCGGAAUAGCUGAGUUUAUCGCUACUUUCUUGUUUCUCUACAUCACUGUUUUGACUGUAAUGGGAGUUAAGAGAGCACCAAACAUGUGUGCUUCUGUUGGAAUCCAAGGUAUCGCUUGGGCUUUUGGUGGCAUGAUCUUUGCUCUUGUCUACUGUACUGCUGGAAUUUCAGGUGGACACAUCAACCCUGCUGUAACAUUCGGUCUGUUCUUGGCUCGGAAGUUAUCUCUGACCAGAGCAGUGUUCUACAUGAUUAUGCAAUGUCUUGGAGCCAUCUGUGGUGCCGGAGUCGUCAAAGGUUUCCAGCCAACGCCGUACCAGACUCUCGGUGGUGGUGCUAACACCGUUGCUCAUGGCUACACCAAAGGUUCUGGCCUUGGUGCUGAAAUCAUCGGAACAUUCGUUCUCGUCUACACUGUCUUCUCCGCCACCGACGCCAAGAGAAGCGCCCGUGACUCACACGUCCCGAUUUUGGCGCCGCUCCCAAUCGGAUUUGCAGUGUUCUUGGUACACUUGGCAACAAUACCGAUCACCGGGACCGGAAUCAACCCAGCUAGAAGUCUUGGAGCCGCAAUUAUCUACAACAAGGACCACUCUUGGGAUGACCAUUGGAUUUUCUGGGUUGGACCAUUCAUUGGAGCAGCUCUAGCAGCACUAUAUCACCAGAUUGUCAUCAGAGCGAUUCCUUUCAAGAGCAAGAGUUAGAGACACACAGAAAGAUUCCACGGUCCAGAAUUUGUUCUUUAGUAGUUUCUUUGCUUAUCUAUCUAAUGUAGCUUGUGUUUUGCAAUGUAAUGAGCCUUUCAAGAAUAUGUAUUUGGGAUUUCUAAUCAGCUUUUGUCUAUGUAAAAACUAUGUGUUUCUUUUUUCUUCCUAUACUCGUCUCAGAUGCUUUAUGGCAAAGGGUCUCUGAAGUCUAAGGUGAUUAGUGCUCCGGUUAUUGAUGUUUUGAAUAGUUUGUUCGACGAAUAUAAAAUAAACAUAGUCAACCCUCAUUCUGUAUCAACAUCAAGUUCUCGGGUUGGUUUUGAGAGACAUGAUUAUGAAGAUGAUCAUGACUUCGUGAAUGUGGGGGUUGAAGGAUUGGCCUCUGUUUAUGACAAGAUGGUGAAUGAAGAGCUUGACUAUUGUGUACUUGCAAGAAAGUGUUGAAAACACAAGGGCCAAUACAUUGGAAACAGAAUAUGAUGUGUUUCAUACUAGAAGCUCAGUAGUCUUAAGCUUCCGGUUUUAUUUGUACUAGCUAGAGAUAUUCUAGCUAUGCAAGUUUCUUCUGUAGCUUCUGAUUCUUGUUUUAGCACCAGUGGUCGGAUCUUAGAGCCACAGAAAAGUUGCUUAACACAUUAUAUGAUUGAGGUCUUGUUGUGUACUGAACAAUAGAUGAUUUAAAUAAUUUUUGUGAUUUUUUUUUAUUUUAGUUUCCUAAAUUUUAGUAACAAAAUCGAUUUAUAGAUUUGAUAAUAAGUUUGUUAAAACAUUUAAUGCCAAUGGCAUUGGGUUGUAAAUAAGUUCAAACUCCAGGAUUUAUUUCAUAAAAGUGUUGCAAAAAUAUAUAAGUAGAUU